AUGGUUCAGUUCGCAAAGAAGUUGAAGGCGAAUCAAGUUGAGGAAUGGCAAGGGUAUGGUUGCUGAACUAAAUUAUCUAAUUAAAUCUUCUCUUUAUAACGAUUUUCUCUUUUAGAAUGCAGCAUCUCUGUUAGCAGAGAUAACUGAUAAUAUAUUGUAGGAGAGGAUAGCGUAUUGUAAUAAUGAGUAGCUUUAUCUUCCCCUUAUCUAUUAUAGCUCAGGUGGGCCAUUUUUAUGGGUUUUGAAAGUCAACUUCUUUAUUAGGAAAUGGUGAUUCGUUUUCUCAAUAUCCUUUAUGAAAGGUCUAAUAUGUGUUGCGUCAAUCAGUUACACAGAUGUGUGGUUUGUUAACAUCUGAGCAGUACUAAAAUUUAUCAUUUUUCGAUUGGUUUUGCGUGCUGUUCUGCCACCGAUGUCUUGUUUUUCUUUUUUGAAAUAUAUUUUGCUUUAUACUUUCUCAAAGGCAAUUUGGUAUAUUUAUCAGGAGUCACCAACUCAGGUUGAAUAAAGUCUUGGAAAUUUGAAAAGCUGGAUCAAACCCUAUCCACUUAUUAAUGAGUUGUUUGUGAUUCAGACUAAGCUCAGAACUUGUUCGUCUGUCCAGAACCACCCUCUCCAAAUAUGCAUGACACGUGUGUUGGCAUGAUUAAACCCGAUGCAGGAAGCUUCAUUAUCAAUGGAAGUUGGAUAAAAUCAUGAGACACAGAGUAAGAGUGAGUGAGAAGUUUAUUAAAACUAUUUGGUGACUUUAAUUAUCUUUUUAUUUGGUCUCGUAGAUCCUUCCUUUAAGGGAACGGUCGUGACCGCAUUGCUCAAAAUUUACAAACAAAAUGGUGAAAUAAAUUGUAGGAUUUACUUUUUCAAAUCAAUCACAUUUUGCCUUUAGAUUAAAAAAAAAUGUACCAGUGGAUUUUUGUUUGUCUAGGUUUUCCUUUCUCUCAUUGCUGGUGGGCAAUGGAUUCUCAUUAGUUCAAGAAACCCGAUAUAGAGGAUCUGUACCAAGUCCCAUAGGAUUUUUCCAUCAUGUCUGUGGUAAUGUGAUGCGGUACAACCCACCUUUUUUUCUCAAAGUGGAUUAACCAGUUGUUUUUUGUUGGCUGCAUUCAUUGGGACUUGUUUUCUAAUUAUGGAGAUCUUGCCGCAUAUCUUUCUAUAAAAUCGGUUGUUAUCCACAAUGUUGGUCGUCAAGCCUUGGGCCAGCUGGCCUUUGUUGAGAUGGCCCCCUCAGAGUUCGAAGAAUGUGGCAUCUAAAGGUGAACUCGGAGAUGUGUUAACAAUGGCAGAUUCCUACACCGUGGACAGUAUCAAAAGAGAAUCUCUCAAGCACCUUGAUACCAGUCCAAUUAUUUCUCAGGGUUGGAUAUCUACAAGAAGUAAAGGAAAAUGAUAAGUUCUUGCUUUUAUAUGACAUAUGCAAUAAGUAAAAGGGAUAUUGUUGUCGUAGGUGUAAUCAUGGCAUAUAUUUCCAUCAUGUUAAAUAACAUUAGGAAAUGAUCUCUUUUCCUAAAUGGGUUUCUAGUUAUUUGAACGUGUGAUGGCUUUAUUUGUCAUUACAAUUUUCAAGAGAAUUUCAUAGACCUAAACACAACGUUUUUAGUAAAUUUCUUUGUUUGAUUCCAUUUGCACCUCAUGUAUGAAUGGUUCAUUGGGUUGGAUCUGCCAUUAUCGGAUGGCCAAAAUCUGUUCAGGGUUCGGGUUGAAACAAUGGCCUUUGUUAGAAGAAUUAUCUCAUACAAUCUUCUAUUAGCCAAUUCAAAGAAGUAUUCUUUGAGGACAUGCCAACAGUGAUAUUACUUUUACAGAAAAAAAGUGCGGAGUGAACAUAGUGACUCCCAUAAGGGUCUCAGUAGCCCUCAGGAGAAGCCAAAGGAUAUAAAAAUAAAACACAGUCGACUACUGAAGUAUUGUAGUCAAUCGAGAUGAUUGAAUGGAGCUUAUAGCAUACUAUGUAAGAUUGAAUAUUUUCACCAGAAGUCAACUAGUGAAAUACUUAAACUGAGGUCCUGAACUGUCAUUUUGAUCCUUUGUUCUGUCAUGGAUAUACUUGGGUUUUCCAUGGCUAUUAUAAUUGACCAGUCAGUCAAAAGUUGAACACCAGUCCUAAAUGUCUAUUGCUAUUCCGUUUUGAAUCUUUCCUUCUUAACUGGAAUUCACGAGGUGUCAGCUGAUUGAAAACAGAAUCAAAAUUAGCACAUACUCUGUGAGAUAAUCAGACGGAAUCAGCUAAUUUGAGAUGGAUUGGUCGAAGAUAUUAUCUAGGUACCAAAUAGGUGUUCAUCUUAACCCAAUUCAACCUACCUCGACAUCUGGCGCUAGUGGCUUUUUGGUAGCCUUUUUUCUGGCUGCAGUCACAACCUGGGAAUUGAUAUGCCUCAACAAAUUAUGGGCACAGGUUUGGGGUUAUCUGUUUUUCUGGCCGCUAGCUCCUUUUUCUUCAUUACCUUCAAUCGCCUGUCAAUUCUCAGUGUAAAUACACCCUUACUGAUUUGGUGAUCUGAGAUCAUUCUGCAAUGCUUGGCUAUGGCAUCAUCUGUGCACUUGAAUUUACUUAUAGAUAAACCUCUUGAAAAUGGUUGACUUUUUAGUUCAUUUUUAAAAUUUUAUUUACUCAUGUUUGCUCCCUUCCACUUUAUCCUCUAGCUUUUCUAUUUAUUUACUGUCUUCUCAUUUUGUUAUAUUUUCUUAACACCAGUACAGUAUUACUCCCUAGCCUCUUUCUUCAUUGACAAUGAAGGGAAGGAAAGAAUAACUGUGGCAUCAUCAUUUAACGUUGGCCCCUUAAGUUCCCCCCAAUUGUUCGUGAUGUUUGAUAAUUUCCGCUUAAAUGUGACAUACUUAUCAAUAAGUUAGCGGGAUAUUAUCCAAUUACUAUGUAUAAUGCUACACAUUUCAUUUUAAAAAGUUCAGCAUGGAUUAAUGAGAAUAUUUCUUGUAUUGUUUCUUUGUGAAUUGGCUGUGAGUUAUUUACUAUUUUCUCAUGUCAGUUUUUUUGAGAUUUUUGUGUUCUAUUCUGCUAGCCUGAUCUACUUCUAUGCUUGUUUGAGUGUUUGUCUUUCAUGCUUAUUAUUAUUAUUAUUAUUUUCCCCUCUAUUCAACAAGCGGAUGCAUUUGAAAGUGUGCCGUCUCAUUUUGGGUUUCAAUUCGUUUUUUCACUUCAGAUACUAUAUUAACUACAAGCUGAUGAAGAAGAAAGUAAAGCAAUAUUCUCAACAGAUAAAGGUUGGGGGACAAGAGCGUCGUCAUGUUUUAAAGGAGUUCUCCAGGAUUUUAGAUGAUCAGGUAUGUGAAUUCAAUGAGGAGUCCCUUUUAUGCUUGCAUUCCAUCCACAGAAGUGCGAUGAAAGGAAAAACUCAUGAAUGGUAUUACUCACCAUUGCUUAAUCGCACUUUAAGUCUUGACAGGGUAAUUUUUUUAGACUUAUGUUUGGUUGAAUUGACUUAGUAUUUCCGUCGUCAUUUCACUCCUGGGUCUUAUUCAAGUCUCCCGAGAAUAAUCAAGUAAUUUACCCUUAUAUAAUAGUUAGCUAGAUCUACUUUGGCAAUUCAAUCAUGGAUGCGUUUUCAAGCUCGCUUCAUUUCUGGGGACCACGACUCUGAAUGUCUAAUGCAUUUGACGCCCCCAAAUUAUGGACAGGCAACUGUAGAGAGAGAAGCCUUAUUCAAUGCUUCAUUCCUAGGGACAGAGCAGGUGUAACUUCACAGCAAACCUUCAUACCAUACUACUUGAUGUAGCUUCAUAGCAAACCUUCAUACCAUACUACUUGACUGUGUCGUUAGUUGAGAAAAGUCAGUUAGCCAACAGGCCAAUCGAAAACGUCUAUCACUGAUAGCAGCCGGGUGAGGGUUAUGGCCUCUUCUGUUUAGGAAUGCUGAAAUGUUUAUUCUUUAUCUUGCUGUUCUGAGUGAGCACUAUAGAUAAAUGAAAUUGUCCGUUGAAUCUUGAUCAGUAGGUCAUGCUGAAUCCUAAGGACUCACCUUGCAAUGAAACAUUGCUCUUUAAGAAACGUUUGGAAUAGUUUAGAUCAUUAAUUCAUUUGAUGAUUACCCGUGGGAUUGGGGCUUUAUAUACGAGUUUUCUCUAAUCUUUAUCUUGUAACAUAUAGUUGGUUGGAAGUUAUAUAGGUUCAAUUCAAGUGCAGAUUAUUAAAUUCAUAUUGCUUGGUAUUAUAUUUCUGGCAUCAAUAAACUAUUGUCAAAUAAGUGAAGAUUACUCUGUGGAUCGACAUAAGGACGAAAGCAAUAAGAUAGUUCUGGAGAGAUCUUAUGAACUGAAGCAGCGUGCCAACUAAUUAUGAAGAAUGUCACAUCACUCCCUGAGGCCACUUUAUUGUGGAGAGAUUUUAUUUGGCCAUAAAGGUGGUCGAUUUCCUUAAAGCUAGAUAAUAGGGCCAUAUCCUGGCUGAGAAUUUCUUGAAAUUUCAUUUUUUUUUAUUUUCCAAUGUGAAAAAACAAUUAACAGGAUAAGCAUUACCGUGAUGUUGAAAGCAGUUGUGGCUUUGAUUUUUGUUAGUAAAUGAAGUUGAUAUCAUGCCCCCUUUUUCGCUACAGAUUGAGAAAAUUGUUCUUUUUAUGCUGGAGCAACAAGGGAUUCUUGCAAGCAGGAUCAAAAAAUUAGGAGAGUACGGUGAAGUUCUGUUGGAGGAGCCUGAAAUAUCUAAGAUAUGUGAACUACGAGAAGCAUAUACAUCCGUUGGACAAGAUCUUCUGAAGCUACUAAAGUUUGUUGAUAUUAAUGCUACGGGUAUCCGCAAAAUUCUAAAGAAAUUUGAUAAAAGAUUCGGCUAUAGAUUUACUGAUUAUUAUAUGACAACCCGAGCAAAUCAUCCAUAUUCCCAGCUACAGCAAGUAUUCAAGCAUGUGGUAAUGUUUCUAACACCCUGCUCAUAUCCUGUAUCUUUCACAUCUUUUUUAGUAUUCAAAAGCUGAUUUUUGUUUUACUUUCCUCAUAUUGUGUCAUCUAAUCCUUACGUUUUCAACAGUCAUGAUAUGAAUAGCGCCCUGGCCCUAUUUCUUCACUUGCAUUUACAUGGUCUAAAUUUUCGAAUCCAUAUUUUUUAAUGCACUAUCUUAGUUCAUUUUGAAAUGUUCAGGGCAUAGGAGCUGUCGUAGGAGCAUUGUCUCGUAACCUAGCAGAUCUUCAGGAUCGUCAGGGAAGCUACCUAUCAAUUUAUGAUCAACCAUCUGUAGUUCUCAAGGUAACCUUUAAAUCAUCUUUUCUAUUCUAAGAUGGUACUAAUGUGUGAGAGAACAAAUAUACAUUUAUAACAUAUUUAUGGUUCCUCUACCCUCACAGUCACAUGUUGACUCAUGCAGUGAUAUAAUUCAUGCUCAUAUUACUGGCUUCUGAUUUUAUAUUGCAGGAUCCCAUAAUUGACUCCAUACAAGCGGCUGUGGAUAGGCUUACACACUCGACUAAUUUAAUUCAGUUUUUAGGACAGCAUGCCCUUAUUAUCCAAGAAGAGCUAGCAGUUACAGCUGAAGAACGCAUUGAUGACCAAAGAUACCAUUUUAUGUCUCUUCUUUUGAAUUUAGUGAACACUUUCCUCUACAUGGUCAACACUUACAUAAUUGUUCCGACAGCAGAUGACUAUGCAGUGAGCCUUGGAGCAGCAGCGACUGUCUGUGGUGUCAUUAUUGGGUCAAUGGCUGUUGCUCAAGUGUUCUCCUCAGUCUAUUUUAGUGCUUGGUCAAACAAGUCGUACUACAGGCCUCUUAUUUUCAGCAGCAUUGUUCUUUUUCUGGGCAAUAUCUUGUAUGCAUUAGCGUAUGAUUUGAAUUCUAUUGCGGUUCUUCUUGUUGGUCGUCUAUUAUGUGGGUAAGUUUACUUUUCCUCCAUUUCUUAAAAUGCAAAGUUUACUUUUGUUCUUCUUGGACGCUGCAUUUUCAGUAUAAAUGCUAUGAUAGUUCCACUGUUUUUUAUAUCCAACUGGUGUACGUUUUAUUUUCGCGCUUAACCAUUUUAUUAAUGCCUUGGUUUUGCUGCAAAAUUUUCAAGGCCUCGCCUAUGUAAUGUUGUUUCAUUUGAUGCUAGGUCAAAUUUUUAACAUGGGUUACAAUUUCUUUGAUCUUAUGUUGUAUUCUGUAAUAAUAUUACAAAAUAUAAUUGAAAGUUUUCCGAAUAUUUUUCAUCACUAUUUUUAAAUGUUUUGGUGCCUUUUGUAUUAAUAAUGCCAUCAAAUUGUUGUAACAUGGACUUAAAACAUUAAUUAUGUGAAAUUAAUAAGAAAAUGUGCAUUUAUUUGUAUUAAUAGAAUCCCCAAAUACAUUAUAUGAUAGUCACUUAUAUGAUAUGUCAGUUAACAUUUUUUAAUGAUUUUAAAAUUAUUUAAACUUAGGUCUUGUCUAGGUGAUUUCUAGUGCCUCAUCUUAUGGCCCAUGCGGUUAGGCAGUGAUCCACCACCCUGCUCACAUUUUUCAACUCAAAAAUCUUGUUUCCAGGUUUAGUUUUGGCAUUUUUUUUGAAAGCUGCAGACAUUACCGGUGGCACAUAUGGAAGCUUCAAUGUAAGCCUUUUAUUCGGGUCUGAGUCCCCCGGGGUCUUACUGCACCAAUGUUCCUGGAAUCAAAUCAUGAGCUAGCUUCCAAGUUUUUUACCUUGAGUAAUUUCCUUCCUAUACUGUGUAAGGAAUAAACGAUUUAUUAAAACCUAGUCGACAUUGUACAAAACAGAUGUGGCAUAUUUGUAUCUUAAAAUCGAACAUCAUUACGCUAAUGUUAAAAGGAGAGCAAUUGCUCUUGGGUGGUGCAAUAAGGAGCGCGAAAUUGGUCGUUAAGGCAAAUUAUGCCCGAGUGUUGAUUUAUUGUCAGGUACAGUAAAUGGUAUAGCCAUUUUGAAAUUAAAGAAAAAAUGUAUUUUGAUGAAAUGACCAUGAGAUUGGAAAGAUGAGACUAAAAACUCUUAGAUUGAAUCGCUGAAUUGACAACUGAAAAUUUCACAGAUAGUUUUUGAAUGAUAUAGUAUAUGCAAAGGUUUACAUGUAAUGAACUGAACAUCAGCAGCCCUAUCAUAAUAGAAAAGGGGAUGGAGUUAUGAGAGGAUAUAAUAUGUGGCCUGUCUCCGUGACAUUUGAUGUAGUUUGAUGGAGGUAUGUUGAGGAAUUCAUCGGAUAUUUGUCUAUACAGAUUGAUUUAAUGAAGAUUUUUUUUAUUAUAACUUAGCAGUGGAAAACUAAAGUGUAAUAUAUCUAGACAUGAGAGCAUAUGCCCGACCAAUAGGAGAUACAAAGUUGUUUGUUUGUUUGUUUAUCUGCUGUUACGAAAUGAUUGUUCUUCAUUAGUAUUUGGCUGUUGCAAUUUAAUAUCACUCAUUUUCCUUUGUCUGGAGGGGUCGAAAAUGUUGCAUAACAUUUGAAUCCCACAAAAUUCCCAAUUUUUCAUGGUAGUAUUUUUUUUUUUUCGAAUAACUCUCCACUCUGCACCAGUUUUAGGGUAUUUAUUUUCUCUCCCAGGAGUACAGAAUGACCAUAGUAGCCAUUCAUUACUGUUGAGAACAUGGGUAUAACGGGAAUUGAAGAAUGAAGAUCAGAAAUGGAUCGGAGGCACCCAAUAAUCCAUCAAUAGUUAGAAUAAGAGAUCAUUCCUCAGCAAAUUCAUAAUUGUACAUAACCUUUCUGAAGGGAUAGUAUCAUGACACAAAUGACUCUGCAAUGUCUGAGAAGAAUAAUUAUGAGUACAGGGGCAGAAAUGCCUUCGUUUCCAUUAGGGACUCAAUACCCCGAUGAAAACAUGAUUUUUUGUCUCUUUGCUAGAUUGGCCACUGGCUGGCCUUUUUCAGGCUCGAAAGAAAACUUUGGAGGUAUUUAUAAUUUGCAAUUUACCAUUGUCUUCUCCUAAACGCAAUCAGAGCCUCAUGAACAUUUACAACUCUGUUGAAGAGGCUUUGGACCCUCCCUUGAAUCUGUUCUUAAAUAAUAUUGGGCAAAAAGAUGUUGAAAGUCUAUGUCAUUCUCAAAGCUAAAUGCUCCUAAAGGAGCUGAUAUUGAAUCAGAUACCUGACGUUAUAGAAUGGUUACUGAUGUUGAAAGGAGCUGAAUUAAGGCGCAAAAUUAUGUGCUCCUAUCAAGGAGAGAAGUCAUCUAAUGGCAUCACAGGUGUCCCUCUGCAUAUUGUACAUAUGCCUGCUUUUUCUCUAGGACCUUACCCGUCAAGUAUUUUCCUCAGCCAAUGAAGACAUCAGAAUGUCAAACUGGAAUCCCUGCUUGCCUAACUUUAUGGAAUCAUCUUUUAUCAAACUUCAAAGACUGAAAGCCGUAUGCGUAAGUGUAGAUAUCUUUGCGAUAAUUUCUAUAGACUCCAAUGUAACUACAGUUCCCACAUCUUGGCAAUCUCCAGCAAGACCAACAAUCAGUUCCUUAAUUUCUAGGAAGGCGUAUUAGGGACUGAUCAUACAGUUAUACUGGUUUCCAACUGAGUAUCCAAGUGCUCAAUGAUCAUCCCUUCCUUUUCUUGUUUUUAGAUCCAUGCUCUAUUUAAUCUCCAGACUGUGAAGUCUCAUAAAGUAUUAUUUGUGAAUUUGAAACUUGAAAUGAUAUAUUUCAUUAUCAACAGUGCAGUUUUGUCUUUUGGGAUAUUCCACCUUCUGCCCAAUCUGAUUAGUAUAAUCAGCAACGAAGCAUACAAUAAUGCUAAUUAAGUUUCUUUUUAAAUUUAUAUUGAUUCAAAAAUAGUAGCAGAUCUAUGUUUCGGCAUAUUAAUCACCCCCAACAUACCUGAGUUGCAUCUCUUCACAUGUACUAUUCAUCUCAGGGAUUUUUUGUCUUUGGUGGCUGAAUGUGAUGGUCGAUUAGUAGGUUUGAAAUGCGAAAUCCUGUUCUAUGGGUCGUAGGGUUGUGUUAUUCUAGGUUGUCCUCUGUAGUGUGUCGAUAUAGUACUUAUCUCUACUCUGGAUAUUGCCAACUGUAUCCAUGAUUUUAGAUGCAAUCCAUGGCGUGUGAUUAUGUUCCAUAAAUUUGUAGAGUGUGCAAAGGGAAAUAGAAGUCUUGAUAUAAUCAACACCUGAACUUUCAAUAAGGCACUACUCGCCAAAUGGUUCCAGCCUUUGGAAACAGAGGAUUAUGGGGAGAACUCAUAUAGCAGAAGUAAUGUAGAAGAGUCAUAUGAUGGGACCUUAAUCUUAAAAUUUCUACUAAUAUCUCUUGAGUGUGGAAAGAUAUUCCACAGGCUACAGACAUUGUAAUGUACGGAUAUUUGUCUUUGAAAUGGCCAGAUACUGUUUUGGAAGGACUGGUGUUAUGAAACUACAUCAUUCUAAAAUGAUUUCAGAGUAGCAGAAAAUCUGCUCUUAACUGUUGUUGAGCCUUUUAAUGUACACGAGAGAGGAUUGGUGUCUAGGAUUUAGAGGGAAUAUUUCUCAUGAAGUGGCAAAAUAGUUCGUACCUCUUGUUGCUUUACUUGCUGGACCAUCGCUGCAUAGGUCAGAAGUAGAUUAGGAAGAAGGCCAUUUGACUCAGCGUAUCUCACUAUUAAUGAUGGGGCUAUCAAACACCAUGAUAAUCAUCUAGUUCAGAGAGUUUCUUUCCCUUUGAAAGUGAAACUCUUGUUGUGGUGUCUAACCUAGGUGCUUCUUGCUUGUGAUUGAGUAGCCACCUAUUUAGACAAGGGGAGCACUUUCUGCUGUCUGCGUGGGAGAUGAAGAGGAAGACAUGGUUCACCAGUUCUUUAGGUGCUCCUUCAUAGGGUAUAUUAGACAAAAGAUGUUCAUCACAAUAACCACUAAGAGCUGGUUCCUGGAGCUAUGAAAGUGGUAUUGCGAUGAGGAGAGCAGAGCUGGAGUAUUGAGGGGAUUUUAUUGUGUAAUGGCUCAUAUUUUCUGUGGCUUCAUAAUGUCAGUUAAGAGUAACCGCAUUGUAGCCAUAUCAGCAGCUUGGUGGAUCUUUUCUAUCUUUGCUAAUGUGCAAGAGUGGCCAGGAGUUGCUUGGUGGAGUCAUCCAUUUUGAGAAAACGAAAUUGUGACAGUUGUAUGUAGGGUCCUCUUCUGCACUUCGUGGUGUUAUGUUAGAUCGUUUUUUCUUCUUUUGGGAGCUAAAUCUUAUGCGGUGUAUGGUUUUUCUUCCUUUACUGUUAACGAUCACUUGCCAUUAUUAAUUUUCAAGAAAAAAUAAAAAAACUAUUGUGAAUUCUAUGGCGAAUUUAUGCGGUAGUCUUCAGCAAGGCGAAUUCUAUGGAUUUUUUAAUUUUUGUUAUGACUAUGUUGACUUCUUGCAAAAAAAAUCCCUUAACUCAGAAUCCUCGUAAAUAUUGCUUCUAAAUAUGAUCAUCGUAAUAUCCCUUUCUGAUAUAACGUCUUUCUGGGUUUACAGUUUAGGAUCUGCAAGAGCUGUUAACAGGCGGUACAUUAGUGAUUGUGUUCCCCUUAAAAUACGCAUGCAAGCUUCAGCAGGUUUUGUUAGUGCAAGUGCACUCGGAAUGGCUUGUGGUCCUGCUCUCGCUGGGUUGCUUCAAACUAAUUUCAAGAUUUAUUCUUUGACAUUUAAUCAAGCCACCCUACCAGGAUGGCUUAUGGCCAUUGCAUGGCUCAUUUAUUUAGUUUGGUUGUGGAUUUCAUUUAAGGAGCCCAUCCGUGAGACUGAUGAUAACCACACCCAGAAUGAACAUUUUUCAGGUAAGGGGUUUUUCACCCUUAAAAGUUCUGUAUCUUUAAGUAUAAUAUAUGGUAUGUUGGUUGAAAUGAUUUUUUUUGUGUUUCUUUUCUUUCCUAUGUUUUCGUGAUCUCCAACUCCGUGCAUUGGCUUUUGAAUGGAUCUCAUGAACAUUUGUGAAUCAGGACUAUUUGCUUUUAAAAAAAAUGCUUUUUCGUGUACGAUUUUCUUUUAUAAUGGAAUGAAUCCUUUUAGUUACUUGACUCCAUCUGUUGUUUCUAUUAAAAGGAUUUGGCAGAUGAUACUAAUGAACAUAUACAAAACCAGUGAAGAUUUUAAACUUAAAGAGGUUUAAAUAAGAGUUUCAAAAAACUCUGUGGCAUAUAUGUUUAUCAUUUAGCGAUUUUCAUUUCUAACUAAAAGUUUUGCAUCUGAAACAAAUUUAAUAGCGCAUAACACCCAUUCAAUUGAAUAACUGAGAAAAGCAAGAAGGAUUGAACGCGUUUUCUUUCUUAGAUCUGAAGUUUGGUCGUCUUGCAUUGAUUAUCUUGAAAAAAAUAAUCCUAUUUGGCGAUAGGAGAUCUUCGGGGUGUUUUCUGGAUAAGUGGUAUUAUAACAUAAAAUAUAAACCCUUUUGCAUUGUUGACUUUUAGGAUGUUCAACUGCAUUGGGAAUCAUCCUUGAAAACAGAGACUAAUCUAAACAGUUUUACAGUUAUGUGUGCAUAAAUGUUACAUCAUCAAUGCAUGCAUUUCUCUGUGUCCAAGGAUGUAGAGAGUUAUACUCCUUAGAAAAACCUAGAGGUAACCAUCGAGUGGCAAAUUGUUUUAAUGUUUUUUGGUAGAUUGGUGCUUUAAUUAGAAUACGAUAUGCUGUCAAUGGAUAGAAAUUGGUUAGUUACGGAAUUGUAUAUCUAUGCCACCAGGAGAUGUGGAAAGUGAGCAAGUAGAGAGCAGUCUUGUGCAGCCUUUACUUUUAACGUCAGAAGAGAAGCAAGAUGGCAUCAAUGAAGAGAGAGAUUAUGAAGACAGUGAAGAAACAUCUGAAGAUUCACGCGGACCUGCAACCUCGAUUCGAUCUGCGUAUAGACUACUCACACCAUCUGUGAAGGUUCAGUGCUUGUUCUAAAUUUCCUGUGUUCCUUAUUAGUAAAUUUAACUUUUAUGGAAAGUUCUGUGGAAUAAAUCAUAAUCAUGUUUCUUAUUGUGAUGAAGUUAAUUACAAACACUCGCUGUGAAAUUUAGUUUGUCCUUGGUUUUGUCUUGUGAAAUGUAUGUGUUGGAAGUUUUUUCCAGAAGUAUGCCACAGCGUAUUUAUCUCCAUGAAACUCUUAGCAUCUUCUUUUCUCAGUGUGGUUCUCUUUAUUGUAGGGUAUAGUUUUUGUACUGUUUGGACGCUGGAUAACCCAAUUUUCUCUUCUGCCAAAUGGACGAAAACACUAGUGAAAGCCACAUAACCCAAGAUUGUUUCCCCCUACAGACAAAACCAUAAAUUUAAUCCGUGGAUUAUCCUAUAUCAACUGUUGCCUUUUUGCCAGGACUGUCCUGGAAUGAUUAUUCUGCACAUUUUUAAAGAUUAACUGAUAUAUGUACGGUGAAGGGGAACUUGUCUCUUUUGUUGGCAGGAAUCAAUAUCUUGAGCACAGCCCAUUGUAAUGUUUACAUCUUUUUUUUCCACAGAAGAACGUAAGUUAAGUGCAUAUAAUAUUAGUUUGUACAUAGUCUUGCUACCGAAACUGCUUCUCAUCUUUUCCCAUUUUGUCUUUAUAUUCAUUGUCGGUAUGAGUUCGAUCCGAAAUAUUGUGAUUGCCUAAAAAGUCUUCACAACACGAUAUGUCUAUUGACUAGGACAUUUUAGUCUCCAGGGAUAAAAACGUAGAAAAGUCAAUAACAUUUUUUCAAUGAAUACAUGCUUGAAGUGACUUUCAUCUUUUUCUUAAGUGGGUAGAGGACCAUAUGUUUACUAAAAAAGAAAAUAGGAGAGGAAUGUACAUGUGUGUGUUAGUUUUGAUGUGUCAUACUGGUUGAAUUAUGAAUGCUGUAAGCUCUCAGAAAACAGUCAUCCGCUGUGCUCUACACCAAGGUUGUGGAGGCUAUACUAGUACCCACAGUACUGAAAGUAGCAAAUCCGUCACGCAUCUCUUUUAGAAAUGUCUCACCUUCCCUCUGACCGUGUCACAGAAACAAGUUAACUCUUAUUGACUUCUAUCACUGCAGUGACCCAGAAGGUCAAUUGGAGGAUACCGACCAAAUCUUACAGCCAACUUUCAGGAUCAAAUGAUUGUCAUCCUUAGAGUGACGUUGGAAAGCCACGUCUUCCCAGAAUUUAUCGAGUCAUUUCCCAUAAUGGUGCUGGUGACACAUGAAAUGGGCAUUCUUCUAAAUGCGCCCCCCCCCCGCCCCCCAACCACACACACACACGUCAAAUGGAAAUCAAUGGUGGCAGUGCACAUUUCUUCGCUUUUAAGGCACUCCAAAGAGUAUCAUACCAAUCCAAAAUUUCCUUCAAGCCACAAUAGAUUCAGAUACUGGCUCUUUGCUCCGCAAAAUAUUUUCAGACUUUGUCAAAUGAAGUUUUUUUCGAAUAUGUUCUCCCUGAAGGGAAUUUCUUGUGGGUACAAACUUAAAGCCUGUGCUGUGUAUUUGAAUAUAGAGGCAACGUCUUUGGCUAGAUUUGACAUCACUAAUGUAAAAGGUGUCUACCUUCAUUCUUCUUCAAGGGUCCUGGCUUUUGAUGAACUUAAUGUAAUUCCAAUAUUUUUGCUAAUUUAAUUUGACAGUAUUCGCAAAUAUUGUGUACAAGACAGAAAAUUUAUAGCGAAAAAAUUAUAUUUAAACUUCUAUUACAACUUUUUGGCAUUUUUACUUUUUAUUUUGGUUAAUCUAUCAUCAAUCUUUUGACUCCCUCAAGAAAAGAAAAAAAAAAGAAAAUUUAUGUUCAUUAGGUAUAUGAACAAAAUGCAGGUACAGUGUGUGCCAACUAUUGGUACAUGUCGUGGACAACAUCCUGUAGGGAGGAUUACUUCCUGUGGAAAUUCUCUCCAUAGGACGCUCUCUACUAUGCAAGUGGCUCUUAUUGAGGCUUGUUGAGACAACAGCAAUAGUUAAAGUAAUCAGAUGCUUCAAUUCUGAUUCAAAACAAAAGCAAAAGUACUGAGUCUGGAAGUCCUUGCCUUUGCCUCAUAUAUCUUUCAUCUCAUUCAAAAGUGUAAAUUCACGUUGAUGGUCUUUAGAUGGUACGGAUUAGCAUCUAGUUCAUUAGUUUCAUUGGGGAACAAUCUUUAUGAAAACGUUUAAGAAGUUGAUUGGAGGAAAGAUAUUUGCCCUUAAUCUCUUUGCAAACAAUAGCAUUAAAGAGGAUAACGAAUGAUGGUUCCCUCCUUUUAUUUGAAUAUUUGGUUCUAGACAUAUGUGUGUGCGUGUUCAUGCUUAUCAAGGUCAAAGAAACCCUCGUUUCCCUUAUAAUAUUCCACCAUAUUAGCAAAGCCUGCUUCUGAUCUUUGGUUGCCUUGUAUGUUUCCAGGUACAACUAUUGAUUUAUUUCAUGCUGAAAUAUGCUAUGGAGAUCUUGCUAUCAGAGUCGAGCGUCGUCACAUUGUACUACUUUGGUUGGACGACCAGUGCGGUGGCAAUUUUUCUCGCAUGCCUCGGGUUAACUGUUCUCCCAGUGAACGUCAUUGUUGGCAGCUACGUCAGCAACAUGUUCGAGGACAGGUGGGCAGAUGCAUGCACGCUGCAUGCUGGCAUUUCUUGCUAUGCGUUCGUUCGGUGCGUAGUUGAUUCACGUGGCUGACGGUCGGUGACAAUUUCCCUUUCAGGCAAAUUUUAUUGGCUUCCGAAAUUACGGUAUGUGCUGGUAUCCUCCUCAGCUUCCAUAUUACCAACCGAUACUCCGUGCCCCAGUAUGUGUCCUCUGCACUUAUCACGUUCGUUGCCGCAGAAGUUCUUGAAGGUAUAAUGAUAUCGAAGGUUCACAUCGAUACUGAGCAGUUCUUGAAGGUCAACACCUCUGACCCUUUUGCCUCGCCCCCACCUCGUCAAAUGCAGGCGUGAAUUUGUCGCUGCUCUCGCGGGUCAUGUCCUCUCGGCUGGCCCGGGGGACGUACAACGGGGGGCUUCUGUCGACCGAGGCUGGGACCAUCGCGCGGGUAGUUGCCGAUGGGACCAUCACGCUGGCGGGCUACUUGGGCGAGGGCAAGCUUCUCAAUGUGACCCUGCUUCCGUCCCUGUUCAUCUGCGUCGCAUCCAUCGUCGCCACCUGCUUGACGUACAACUCUAUGUACUGA